AUGUUACCCAGCAAGAUGCGACGCCUAUCUGGCCUAUUUUCUGGCCCGAAAACCUCCUUCCAAGUCCUUUCAGAUCUCCACCUAGAUCACGAAUCGCAGUACCUCACGUUCCACAUACCCGUCGCCGCGCCUUUCCUUAUCCUCGCCGGAAACAUUGGCAAGCUCAUAGACUACGAAGAAUAUCUCUCAUUCCUCAUUCGGCGGUGUAAUCUCCAUGAGAAGGUUUUCUUGGUUCUGGGGCCCCUAGAAUUCCAUGGCAUUGAUUGGAUGGACGGCUUGCAGCUGGCACAUAAGAUGGAGAAAGACCCAGUGACAAGAGGAAGGCUAGAGGUACUAUACGAGACAAGGAGCGACGUGCCGGGCACAAACAUUACGUUAUUAGGGUGCACAAUGUGGAGUAAGAUUCCGGAAUCGGAUACAGCUGCCGUGCUGAGAAAGAUGCCCGAGUUCGACGAGAAGGACGGCAUACAGCUUUGGGAUGUUGCAAAGCACAACUCAGAACACAAAAGAGACAUCAAGUGGCUUACAGACGAAGUCAAGAACUCCAACGCAUCACCAAGCGGCGCAUUGGCACCAGCGGUCUCUAGCGCUGCAAAGGAUGAGCGACAACUCGUCGUUGUUACGGCUUUCGCGCCGGAUCUACGUGAUUGUCUAGAUCCUUGGCAGGUUGACGCGCCUUGGGCAUCAGCAUACGGAACAAAUCUGCUCGACGGUCUACACUUUGGCAAUGUCAAGCUGUGGAUUUCUGCUUGGCCUGAGCCCCGCGCUAAUGUCGACAUUAGCGGUCUCAAGGUAUUCAACUGCUGGGAGCGCUUCGACCUGUUGUUUUGCCCUACUUGUUCGAGCCCAAUGUUUUGUGCUUUCAAAGAUCCGGCAAGGAACUUGGGAGUGGUCACUGGUACACUAGGUAACGUGGAUGUCGGAGAUCGCGAGUUGAUCAAGUUCGGCGGAAUGGGUUAUGUACUCGAUACUGAGGACGGAGGCGCCAGCCCAUGGAUCUGUGCUCUCAAUGGUGAUGGCGUGGAUUUGAAGAGCUAUGAAGAGAUGCCGCCUGGGCGUGGUCAAGAAGCGAAGGAGAUGCUUGCAAACUGGCCUCAACGCUCAACCCUUCCAGAACUCAAGACGAAGGAGGAAGACAGCGUACCCAUACGCUGUAAAUGCGGUGGAGUAGACCUGCUCUUGCGCCGCGGCGAUUACGAGCACGUGAGCGAAGAAGAUCUUCCCUCCAAUGUGGAACCUGUCAGCAGGAAGCUCAAAGCCAGCUUCUGCGCUUGCAACAGCUGCCGGUUGCAAAGCGGAAGCGAUGUCUUCUACUGGACGUUUGCAGAGACGAAAUACCUAUCUUUUGGGAAGAGCGAUGGCAAAGCUUUCCCCACGGACGUGUUCGAUCUUAAAGAUCUUAUCGAUGCCAAAGACCCCGUUGUUGGUACGAUGAAGUACUACACCUCCUCACCUGACGUCCAUCGAUUCUUUUGCGAUACCUGCUCGGCGGUCAUCUUCUAUACCACAGGCGAUCGGCGACAGAUCGUCGAUAUUGCUAUCGGUGUCCUGGAGUCUAAGAAUGGAGCUAGAGUUGAGAAUAUGCUGUCGUGGCCUUUUGGAAAGACUAUGAGUUUCCAGGAAGAUGGUGAUGGUGGAUGGAGAGAGAGUUUGUACGAAAGGCUGAGAAGUAAGGCGGAGGAGUGGCGGGUUGCGAGAGGAUACCCGAAGAACUGGACGAGUGAGGAGCAGUAUGAGAACAUCAAAUGA